AAUUCAUCGUAGCAUCAUCACCAGUCUUCCUUUGCCGAAGAAAUACUGUUGCCACAGGAAGCAAAAUAAAUCAGGUUGUGAAUUACUGAGGAGAGCUGCUAUGGGAAGUCACAAAAUAAAGCCCCGGUUCUCGGAAGUGUGCUUCACAAAUACAGAUCGUGUUAUGUGACUUACACGCUUAUCAGGCAAAGGUCUCCCAUUAAGUACAUGGGAAGAACUGGAGACCUCAGACUAUGCCAGUGACCUGCUCAUACUGUUGCUAAAUUAACUCGUGAAUAAGCGUCUCUGAUUUAUGGCAGUUAUUGGAUGUUAACCAAACAUACAUCUGGUUCUGUAUUCAUCAGAGUAAUAGGACUAGAACAAAGACGGACAGCUAAGAAAAGUAUUGAGCAUUUCCAAGGAUCCAGAAACCAGUAUGACAGAAAAUAUGAGAUCUCUCAGAAACUUUUUUCUUUAUAAGUGUCUGUUUGCAUUAACAUUUUGGAACCAUGUCAGCCUGUCUGUGGAAAAUGAACUCUUUACCUCUGUUUCUAACAAUUUUCCGGAAGAUGAUUCUGACAAAAAAAUCAAGAGCCUGCCACUCCUGUAUACAAAAGGUCAUCAGUCCAAAGCUAAUUUUGACUGGGUUGUGAUACAGAAUACUACAGAAAGCCUAUCAUUGUCAGAAAUCACAAAUGACAAUGUAAAAAAAUUAGUAGCUUUAUUAUCUAAUUUCAGGCGAGGCUCCAGGUUACAAAAUCUGACACUGACGAAUGUGUCAGUGGACUGGAAUGCUCUUAUGGAAAUUUUUCAGACUGUAUGGCACUCAUCUAUUGAAUACUUCAGUAUUAACAAUGUAACACAAUUGUCAGACAUCAAAAGGUAUGACUUUGACUAUUCAGGUACUGCUAUGAAAGCACUGACAAUAACCAAAGUUUUAAUCACAGAUCUGUACUUCUUACAGGAUGUUCUAUACAUAAUAUUUGCAGACAUGAAUAUUGCAGCCUUGACAAUAGCUGAAUCAGAGAUGAUACAUAUGAUGUGUCCUUCAUCCAACAGUCCCUUCAAAUACUUAAAUUUUUUAAAGAAUGAUUUAACAGAUUUACUUUUUCAAAACUGUGACAAAUUAAUUCAACUGGAGACAUUAAUCUUGCAGAAGAAUAAAUUAGAGCACCUUCACAAGGUAAGCUUCAUGACCAGCCAUAUGAAAUCGCUGAAAUAUUUGGACAUGAGCAACAACUUGCUACAUCACGAUGCCGCUGAUGUGCAAUGCCAAUGGGCUGAGUCUCUGACAGAGUUGGACCUGUCCUCAAAUCAGCUGAUGGAUGCUGUGUUUGAGUGCUUGCCAGUCAACAUCAAAAAGCUCUACCUGCAGAACAAUCAGAUCACCAGUGUCCCCAAGGAGAUGGCUGAGCUGAAGUCCUUGGAAGAGCUGAACCUGGCAUUGAACAGGCUGGCUGACCUGCCAGGGUGCGGUGGCUUUACGUCCUUGGAGUUCCUGAACGUAGAAAUGAAUUCGAUCCUCACCCCAUCUGCCGACUUCUUCCAGAGCUGCCCACGGGUCAGGGAGCUACAAGCCGGGCACAACCCAUUCAAGUGUUCCUGUGAACUGCAAGACUUUAUCCGUCUGGAGAGGCAGUCUGGGGGGAAGCUGUUUGGCUGGCCGGCGGUGUAUGUGUGUGAGUACCCGGAAGACUUGCAGGGAACGCAGCUGAAGGACUUCCACCUGUCUGAACUGGCUUGCAACACGAUGCUCUUGCUUGUGACAGCUCUGCUGCUGACGCUGGUGCUGGUGGCUGUUGUGGCCUUUCUGUGCAUCUAUCUGGAUGUGCCGUGGUACGCGCGGAUGACGGUGCAGUGGACGCAGAUGAAGCGGAGAGCUUGGCACAACCACCCCGAAGAGCAGGAGACCGUUCUGCAGUUCCACGCGUUCAUUUCCUACAGCGAGCGGGAUGCGUUGUGGGUGAAGAACGAGCUGAUCCCGAACCUGGAGAAGGGGGAGGGCUGUGUACAGCUGUGCCAGCACGAGAGAAACUUUGUCCCUGGCAAGAGCAUUGUGGAGAACAUCAUUAACUGCAUUGAGAAGAGCUACAAGUCGAUCUUUGUGCUGUCUCCCAACUUUGUGCAGAGUGAGUGGUGUCACUAUGAGCUCUACUUUGCCCAUCACAAAUUAUUCACUGAGAAUUCCAACAGUUUAAUCCUCAUUUUACUGGAGCCGAUCCCUCCGUAUAUUAUCCCUGCCAGGUAUCACAAGCUGAAGGCUCUCAUGGCAAAGCGAACCUACCUGGAGUGGCCGAAGGAGAGGAGCAAGCGUGCGCUUUUCUGGGCUAACCUGAGGGCAGCUAUUAGCAUAAACCUGCCAGUGCCUGAUGGACAGAGGUGGGGGGAAAUAGAUUAAGAAUCUUUCUAAUGGAGUUUUUUCUGUUUUUUCUUGGUGAAGCAAUAAAUAUUUUA